AUGGAGGCAGAGGUCAACAAGAUGAAACUGAUGUUCCAGAAAGCUGACUCUGAUCCAGAUUACAUUCAGUACAGACCAGAAUAUGAAAUCAAGACUAAUCAUCCUGAGUCAGCAAGCAAGAAAAAUCCAGUUACACUCUUAACGGAAUCAUUAGCAAUAAAGUCUCAGUAUCAAACUUUGUAUGCAUGCUUUAAGCCAUUAGCUGUUGGGCAGAAAGAGACUAAGAGCUGUGUUUGUGCCACUGUCCUUAAGACUACGACCAUAAUACAAGAACUACAAAAGCAAACAGACUUGGAGCUGUCACUGUGGACUAAAAAGAAAACUGUGGCAGAGCAAUUAAAAUCUCACAUGUCAGAGUUAUGA